UUAAGAUAGCGAAUUGACGAUAGUAAUAACACUUUGCUAAGUCAAGGGUAAUUUUUACAAACUGAAAUAUAAUAGUUCAUUAAAAGCAAACGUUCAAGAUUUAUCAUUAAAUACAUACCAAUAUGUUGCGGUUUACUAAUUAUGUAAAACGAAUGUAUCCUGACAUAGAAAGUUGGGCAUAUAAUUUUUCUGGAUUUAAUCAGUUUGGGUUACGUAAAGAUGACCUUCUCUAUGAAACACCAGAGGUAAUAGAAGCAUUAAGACGACUACCUGCUCAUGUAAUAGAAGAACGUAAUUUCCGAAUUCUUAGGGCUGCGCAAUUAAAUGGCCAGAAAAAAAUUUUACCAAAAGAACAAUGGACUAAAUUUGAAGAGGAUGAACACUACUUAUUGCCCUAUCUACAGGAAGUUCAAAGAGAAAAUCAAGAAAAAGCAGAGUGGGAUAAAGAGUAAAAUAUAAUAAUACAUUAGUAAAUGUUAUAUUUAACUUAUAUUAUAAUUUCAAAAUAUUGAAUU